GAAUCUCAGAAGCAUGUAUCUUCCAAUGAGAACGUAAGACCGUAGAGGUGUUCCUUGACUGCCUCCACAACUGUUUCUGAUACACCAGUUGCUAUGGAAUGGAAACAUGUCGGCCGGAUUCAUUUGGGUGGAAGAGGGUCAGCUCAUGGUUCAACCAUAGAGCCCAUUGGCGAAGAGGUGUCACGUGACUACGUUGAGCCAAUGUUCUUCUACGACGGUGUCAGGACCUUGUCAGAUAGAGAAAUAAACAUUGGGAAACGGCGAGAUGCAAAAAGCGACCUACUGCGACGGCUCGACAAUUUACAGUGGCUUCCCAUAUCAAAGCGCAAACGGUUUAGGUUAUGACAAUCAGCAGCAAUAUCUUCAGGGCCUUCAUGUGGAAAGUGAGCACUAUCGAUCGGCCUGCUCCCUGCAGUCCCCUGGUGGCUCUGCAGCUCUGUACAAACCCAAUGAAAUUUCCGAGGGCUGCCAACGGAGUAACGGAACACAAUCCCCAGUACCAGACAUCCCCGACAACAAUCAGCCCCCUACUGCCCCCUCUGGACCAGGUUCCCCCAGUGCCCUGAACCAAAUUCCCAGCCAAGAUGCCACUGCCAAGAACCCAGGGCAUGCCUCUCCAACACCAGCCACUAGGAAACACAUUUUUCCGUGGAUGAAGGAGUCCCGUCAGAACACAAAGCAGAAGUCCUGCAGUACCAUUCCAGUGGAGAGCUACCCUGGAGACAAGAGUCCACCCGGUUCGGCUGCCUCCAAGCGCGCUCGUACUGCAUACACAUCUGCGCAACUCGUGGAGCUGGAGAAAGAGUUCCAUUUCAACCGUUACCUCAGUCGCCCUCGAAGAGUAGAGAUGGCAAAUGUACUAAACCUGACGGAAAGGCAAAUUAAAAUAUGGUUCCAAAAUCGCAGGAUGAAGUACAAAAAGGACCAAAAGGGGUUUGGAAUGAUGCCCUCUCCUGGAGCACAGUCUCCCCACAGUCCCGUUGCCCUAUCAUCCGGUAGCGGAGCAGGGGGUGGGAGUGGAUAUUUAAGUUCAAUGCAUUCUCUGGUUAACAGCAUGCCCUACGAAUCACCUCCAGCAUCGUACAACAAACCCCAGCCUAAUGCAUACAACCUCCCUACGUCAUAUCCACCUCUGAACAAUUGCCCGCCCUCUCAAAAGCGGUAUCCCGGGAUUGGCACAACCACGCCUGAGUACGACACGCAUCAUCUUCAAGGCAACAGUAAUUACGGGACCCAAGUGCAGGGUAGCCCAGUUUACGUCAGUGGAAGCUACUCGGAUUCUUUGGUGGGCAUAGGCGGCUCAGUAUUUGGCCUGACACAUCUACCGCACACUCCUCAAGGCAAUAUAAUAGAUUACAACGGCGCCAUUACUAUGGGAAAUAGCCAUCAUAAAGGAGCAUGCGAACCAAAUCCAUGCACAUUGACAGACCUUACAACGCACUAUUCUCAGGGAAGGAUUCAGGAAGCGCCUAAACUUACUCAUCUGUAGUGUUG